AUGGACCCUACCAGACCUAUCGGUUGGGAGAGCCAGAGCUCACACAUCAGUCAUCGGGAUGUCGCAACCCCAAAUUCAGAGCUUGCGAACCGUCAUGACGAACAGCCGGAUAUGCCGAGGCAGAAGAGAAGUCCGCGAGAUCAGUCACCAUCGCAUCUACACCAGAGAAAUUUUGGCUCGAAUUCGAGAUAUGAGCAUGGAAAUUUAGCGGGAGAGAACACCGCCAUGAGCAAGGCCUUGGUACCUCGAUUGCUUCCUCCAUCCUCGACCUGUAAUGUCGAGAGCGCAGCAGCAAAUCGCCAUGCGUCGGUUUCAGGCGAUCCUGAGACUGGAAUAUCCCAGCUCGUUCUUGAGGCCCAUCAGCUGGUGCGGGAUAUAGUGUACGACCAGCCUGACCAGCAAGCUGCUGGUCAACAGUCAGAACAGGCGAUGAAAUUUGGAGUGCAGCGUCGUGAAAGUGAGGGAGGAGUCCUUGCCAAUUUGCUCAAGCUUUACGGAGGUCUGGAUGCGCCACAAAUUACGCAUUCACAAAGCGACGAACUUCCAUCAGUCCGACCACCCAAUACUCCCAUUGGAGCGAGGACGCCAAGUAAAGUGAUCCCUUGGAGGCAAAAAGCAAUAUGGCUUGGAAAGCAACGAGGUACACCAACAGAUACGAUGCAUGAUGGUAUCAGCCCGGGCGAAACAAGUUCCGCAAUUUUCAAAGAGAGACUCGAUGUUACUCCCAAAUCGAAAAGCGAGAAAGCGGACCGCCGCAUCCGAUUAGAAGACGAAAUUCGCAUCACAGUUCACAUUGCCGAUAUUCUUUCCCGCCAAAAGUAUAUCAUUCAGCUCUGCAAGGCUUUCAUGAUCUUUGCCGAUACUCAUGAUGUCUACAAAAAUGUGGUGCACGACGUCAUGGGUGUUGACGAGGCCACCAGUGAGCUGCAGAGAAUCACGAACAGUAAGGCUAGGUAUAAUAAGUGGAUUAUCGUGGUGGUCUAUGGGAUCGCCUCAGCUAUGGUCGGUCCUUUUGCAUUUUACGCAAGACCUAUCGACAUGCCAAUAAUCUUCUUUAACGGCGCUCUUCUUGGGAUUCUGCAGCAUGUUAUUGCCCCACGAUUAGUGCUGUACUCCAAUGUCUUCGAGGUAAUCGCCUCAGCUCUCACCUCCUUCAUCUAA